AUGAGCUUUCAGAUAUGCAAAGAUGUGAGAGUGACAUCUGACACAAGACACCAACAUGUACAAAUAAUGCCAGCUCAUAUGUCAAAUCAGAUUUUUUCAACCUCUCAUUCAUCACUUUGUGCCAAAUCUUUCACAAACUUUUCCAUGGAUCACCCAAAUGCUAGUUCUGAGAUUUUGAGGGAAUUCAUUGCUUUCGACUCUGAUUCUGAAGAUGAUUUGGAGCAACUUUUUAAUGCCGAAGAGAAUGAUGAUCAACAAGCUAAUGGGAGGAGACAAACUGGCCACCAUAGUUCCAUUUUAGGCCAUAGAAUUGUUCAACGCAAUCAUGUUGACGGUCACUUCAAAUUAUGGAAUGACUAUUUCAAGCCAGAUCCUGUUUACCACGAAGGUCUAUUCAGGAGAAGAUUUCAAAUGAGUCGAAUUUUUUUUCUCCACAUUGCAAAUGUUGUGGCCGCAAAUGAUGCAUAUUUUGCCCAGAGACGAAAUGUAGUUGGAGUUCUAGGGCUCUCUGCUCUUCAAAAGAUCACCGCAGCCAUUAGGAUCCUCGCAUACGGGAGUCCAGCAGAUACUUUGGACGAGUACAUAUAG